AUGGCGACAGCAGUGUCCGCAGCGACCAAGGUCCCCACUAGUGCUCUUGGCAAGAUCGUGGGAGUAUCCGGGGGGAAGACCCAACAGGUCCCCGAAGAGCCGACUGACCAGGAGAUCGAGGACUAUGCCUUAUGGCUAGGUUUGGAUAACGUGAAAGAUCGUGACUUGUUCUGGAUAGCUCGGCAAGCUUUGAGGACUCCCAUACCUCACCCGUGGGUUCAAUGUCAAACUGCUAGUGGUGAUGUAUUCUUUCACAAUACCAAGACGAAGGAGAGCGUUUGGGAUCAUCCAUAUGAUCAAUACUACCAGCAAGCAGUUGAGCAGUAUAAACGUGGGAAGAUCUCUCGAGGCGAACUGUCGGCCAGUGUGUCGCAGUCAUGGUUAUUCUCUACGACGGACCAACGAUCAUCGGCCCAAGUUAGUCCCGAGGUGGCUAAAGGGCAGAAGGAGAGCUCGACUGUCCACAGCGCUGCAGACAACUCCCCAUCGCGUAUCGUCCCUGAUGAUAUUGAGCUACCGGAUGAGCGUGUUGUUGAAGCAGUUGGUCCGAUGCCUUCUAGCAUACUAGUCACCGACAGGGUAGCCGAAGAUGAACUCGCUGAGGAUGCUCCUGUGGGAGUGGACGAUAUGCUUGAGGGAGCUUCUCCGAAUGAACCUGACUCUGCCGAUGCAGAUGCUAUUGAGGUUAGCUCAGCUAAAGAGCUCUUCGAGCCGCCCCCUCGCAGUAUAGAGGCUGCUUACGCCGAGCUCGCCGAGUUGAGAUCGAGAAUAGUGGAAAUGGAAAGAGAAAAGGAGAGGGCAGAGAAUGACCUCAGAGAUUCUGAAAUUCAUCGCGAAGCGAUGCAAAAAGAUCACGACGCUGCAGCAGAGGCACUUAGAUUAGCCGAGGAGGCGAGGGAUGCCGCGGUUGCUGAGCUAGAGGAGGCCAAGGAGGAGCUUAUGAGAGAGAAAGAGGUGGUGAAGCGAUGGCACGCUGGCUUCCCUGACAUCAGAGCACGAGAGAAAGCAGAAACUGAGUUUAAUGCUCAAGAGGAUAGCAAUAAAAUCAUCGUUGAGGAGCUCACUGAACAGCUAGGGGAGACUCAGUCGAAAUCGGAGUACUUGGACGGAGUCAUCGCGACACAAACCAGCGAGAUAGAAAUGCUCCGAGAGCGUCUGAAAGACGGGCGAGAGAAGGUACUGGUGCUUGCUGAGGAAGAUGCGGCACAGCGGAAAUUGUUGGUGGAAAAAGAUAUGGAAGUUGUUAAUCUCAACCGAGCCCUAGCGUCAAUGCGGCAGCAGAUGCACGUUGAGAGUAGAAGGUCUACAUUCAGCAAGUUAUGCGGUAGAGCUCCGAGGAACGUGGGUGACACAGUCCUCCAUGAAGACCUCAGCGCCUCUGUUGAUGCCCCCGAACAGAACGAGCUCUUUGACCAGCUCUUGAACGGUGUUCUCGCGCUGCCUCUGCGGAUCGCCGACGAGUCGAAGAAUUGA